UUUUCAUUAGCUUUCCAAAAGGUCUUUUUAAUCUUAUAAAGUAGACCUAAUUGCUCAAUACCCCAUUACUAGUCUCAGUCUGCCUGCCUCUCGUUUCAUCUCCUUCACUCCCUUUUGCGAUGGACUCCGUCGCCAUUUUCUGCACUGGGGCUCUCUUAGCCUGUGGCUUCUACUGGUUCUUCUGGAUUCUCGGCCCCGCCGAGCAGAAGGGCAAACGCGCUGUCGAUCUCUCCGGCGGUUCGAUCUCCGCUGAGAAAGUCCAGGACAAUUACAAGCAGUACUGGUCCUUCUUCCGCAGCCCAAAGGAGAUCGAGAAGGCCGAGAAGGUUCCAGAUUUCGUCGACACCUUCUACAAUUUGGUAACCGACAUCUACGAGUGGGGAUGGGGCCAAUCCUUCCAUUUCUCACCCUCAAUAAGGGGCAAAUCCCACCGCGACGCCACGCGCCUCCACGAGGAGAUGGCCGUCGAUCUAAUCGGCGCCAAGGUGGGGGAUCGAAUUCUGGACGUGGGAUGCGGGGUUGGUGGGCCUAUGCGGGCGAUCGCCGCCCACUCGCGUGCCAACGUCGUGGGAAUCACGAUCAACGAGUACCAGGUGAACCGCGCCCGCCAGCACAACAAGAAGGCCUGCCUCGACUCGCUCUGCGAGGUCGUGUGCGGCAACUUCCUCCAGAUGUCCUUCGCCGACAACAGCUUCGACGGCGCGUACUCCAUCGAGGCCACGUGCCACGCGCCGAAGCUUGAGGAAGUCUACGCCGAGAUCUUUAGGGUUUUGAAGCCCGGAUCUCUAUACGUGUCGUACGAGUGGGUUACGACGGACAAGUACAGGGCCGACAAUCCCGAACACGUGGAGAUCAUUCAGGGGAUCGAGAGGGGCGACGCCUUGCCCGGCCUCAGGAGCUACUCCGACAUAGCCGAGACGGCGAGGAAGGUCGGCUUCGAGAUUGUUAAGGAGCGAGAUCUGGCCAAGCCCCCGGCACUCCCAUGGUGGACUAGGUUGAAGAUGGGCAGAAUCGCCUACUGGCGGAACCACAUUCUUGUCACAGUUCUUGCCGCCUUGGGAAUCGCCCCCAAAGGGACCGUCGAUGUUCACGAGAUGCUGUUCAAGACCGCCGAUUACCUCACUAGAGGCGGUGACACCGGAAUCUUUACUCCGAUGCACAUGGUCCUCUGCCGGAAGCCUGAUUCGCCGCCGUCGUCUUCUCCGGCCGAUUACUGAGGUAAUACUAAGCCCUCGCUUCGCUCCGGUACUGUCCCCUGCUCUGCCGUCGGUUACUUUAGUCUAUUCCUAGUUAUUUUUAUUUUUAGUGGUAAUUUAUUUUCCAUAUUGUAAUUUUGCUUUCCGAAUUAUUUCGUUUCUACAGUUGUUAUUUAUGAUGCUCAAGAGGAUUUCGUCUUAGUUUUUGUUCCUUCCUUUUAUCUAGAUCAGAAUCAGAUUCCAUUUGUUAAUCAAAUUUCGUAGCAAGUUUGAGGAGGCAAAAUUGAAUCGAA